AUGAAGUCUACUUUGAAGCUCCUCCUUAUGCGGCCUUGCCAACCCGACGAGAAAUGCCAGUACGGCCAAUGCACUAAAAUCAACACCUGUCCUACAGCGCAGAAGUGUGGAGACGCCUGCUGCACUACAGACCAGACAUGCGAGUAUGGGCAGUGCCAGAAGAAGCCUACAUGCUCUGUCGAAAAGACCUGCGGCAAGGCUUGUUGCAAGGACGACGAGAAGUGCGAGUACGGCCAGUGCACCAAGAUCCCCGUGUGCCCUGUCGAAAAGACCUGCGGCAAGGCUUGCUGUAAAUCCGACGAGAAGUGCGAGUACGGCCAAUGUACUAAGAUUCCCGUAUGCCCUGUCGAGAAGACCUGUGGAAAGGCCUGCUGCAAGGCGGAUGAAAAGUGCGAGUACGGGGCAUGCCAAAAGAUUCCCGUGUGCCCUGUCGAGAAGACGUGCGGCAAAGCCUGCUGCAAAUCCGAUGAGAAGUGCGAAUAUGGGGAAUGCAAGAAGAUCCCCGUGUGCCCCGUCGAGAAGACAUGUGGCAAGGCUUGCUGCAAGGCAGACGAGAAGUGCGAGUACGGCGAAUGCAAGAAGAUCCCCGUGUGUCCUGUAGAGAAGACCUGUGGAAAGGCUUGCUGCAAGGCCGACGAGAAGUGUGAAUAUGGCGAAUGCAAGAAGAUCCCGGUUUGUCCUGUCGAGAAGACAUGCGGAAAGGCUUGCUGCAAGGCCGAUGAGAAGUGUGAAUAUGGCGAGUGCAAAAAAAAUCCCGUCUGCCCCGUCGAGAAGACAUGCGGAAAGGCUUGCUGUAAGGCGGACGAGAAGUGCGAGUAUGGCGAGUGCAAGAAGAUUCCCGUGUGCCCAGCCGACAAGACCUGUGGAAAGGCUUGUUGCAAGGCCGAUGAGAAGUGUGAAUACGGCGAGUGCAAGAAAAUCCCCGUCUGCCCAGUGGAGAAGACAUGCGGCAAGGCCUGCUGCAAAUCGGACGAAAAGUGCGAAUACGGCGAGUGCAAGAAGAUUCCCGUCUGCCCGGCCGACAAGACCUGUGGCAAGGCCUGUUGCAAGGCGGACGAAAAGUGCGAGUACGGCCAGUGCAAGAAGAUCCCGACGUGCCCAUGGUACAAGAUGCAGUGCGGCCGGGACUGCUGCGACCACGACGAGCGGUGCGAGUACGGCGUCUGCAAGAAGAAGGUCACGUGCCCGCGGUGGAAGAUCAAGUGCGGCGACCAGUGCGUGAACAAGUGGACGGACGAGACGAACUGCGGCAAGUGCGGCAAGCAUUGCAAGACGGGCUGGACGUGCAAGAACGGCAAAUGCGUUCCUCCCACCUGUCCCUAUGGCCUGACGCGGUGCGGAUGGGACUGCGCCAACCUCAAGUGGGAUGACGGCAACUGCGGCAAGUGCAACAACAAGUGUCGCUACGGCGAGGUCUGCAGGAACGGCCAUUGCAAGAAGAAGAACCACUACUGA